GCUGAGGCUGCAGGACGAGCUCAGGCCCCGCGUGCCCCCGGCUGCCCGCCGGCCGGUGCAUCCGGCUGCCCGGGAUCCCGGGGCGCUGUGGCGGCAGCCCCCGGCCUAUUUCCCGAGCACAGCUAUGUCGGGGAACGGCAGUGCGGCCGCAACCGCGGAAGACAACAACGCAAAGAUGAGAGUGAUUCGCGUGGGUACCCGUAAAAGCCAGCUGGCGCGCAUACAGACGGAUAGUGUGGUGGCAACCCUGAAAGCCUUAUAUCCUGGCCUGCAGUUUGAAAUCAUUGCGAUGUCCACCACAGGGGACAAGAUUCUUGAUACUGCACUCUCUAAGAUUGGAGAGAAGAGCUUGUUUACCAAGGAGCUGGAACAUGCACUAGAAAGAAAUGAGGUGGAUCUGGUUGUUCACUCCCUGAAGGACCUGCCCACGGUGCUUCCUCCUGGCUUCACCAUUGGUGCCAUCUGCAAGCGAGAGAACCCCUAUGAUGCUGUUGUUUUUCACCCAAAAUUUGUUGGGAAGACGCUAGAAACCUUAUCAGAGAAGAGUGUGGUGGGAACCAGCUCCCUGAGGAGAGCUGCCCAGCUGCAGAGAAAGUUUCCACAUCUGCAGUUCAAGAAUAUUCGGGGAAACCUCAACACACGGCUUCGGAAGCUGGACGAGCAACAGGAGUUCAGUGCCAUCAUCCUGGCUGUAGCGGGCCUGCAGCGCAUGGGCUGGCAGAACAGGGUGGGGCAGAUUCUGCAUCCUGAGGAAUGCAUGUAUGCUGUGGGUCAGGAAGGAGGCUGCAGUGUGCCAGUGGCAGUGCAUACCGUUAUGAAGGACGGGCAAUUGUACCUGACUGGAGGCGUGUGGAGUCUGGAUGGCUCAGAUAGCAUGCAAGAGACCAUGCAGGCCACCAUUCAUGUCUCUGCCCAGCAUGAAGAUGGUCCAGAGGAUGAUCCACAAUUGGUGGGCAUCACAGCCCGGAACAUUCCACGAGGAGCCCAGCUAGCUGCUGAGAACUUGGGCAUCAGCCUGGCCAACUUGUUGCUGAACAAAGGAGCCAAGAACAUCCUGGAUGUUGCACGGCAGCUUAAUGAGGCCCACUAACUGGUCUGUGGGGCACAGGUGUAUGGACUGCCACUGUCAAGCACCUACAUCCCAGUCAUCUGUGCCCCCUUUCACUAACUGGGUAGUGACUACCCUGGGGGAUUGAACUGCAGGGUCAGAGACCUCGAGGGACUUGCCUCUUGCCCUCUCACUAUGAGGGGGCUCAUCUCAGAGACAAGUCCAAGCCACAAGUGUGAAUGUAACUAACUCUACUAAUAAACCAGCUCUGAAGGUCUUUUGGUGGGGGUGCAGAAAAGGACAAACAUGAAACCCUUUACUUCAGGUACUGGGACUGCUGUCUGAAUUUCUCCUGAAACAGUUUCUGCCUCAGCAGUUCUGUUAGCAGGAAACGCCACGAAAAAGCUAUAAUCGUAAAAUCCUUAAAAAACACCCUAUGACUUGCCCCUCCAAGUACUAUGAACCUCAGUCUGCGAGUCCUCCACCCCCACUACCUCAGAAGCAUGUGAAAGACUAAGAAGCCCUCAGUGCUACCGCUCGUGCAAAAUGAGAACAGACACUUCACUUUAAAAAAAACAACAAUCCUUUAAUAAACAAAAUUAGUCCA